GACUUUCAAUAAGCUUUGUUGCCUUACACAUCCAGCAACGUAUUACUGCCCAUUUCGAAGACCCGCUCACGACUCUUCAAUUGAACAGGCAGUCCGUCCGAGCAUCACCACGCCGCUAGCAUCCUCCUCGAGCAGAGCUGCCGCAUACACGUAUUUCAAGCCCGCUCCACCGACCCAUCGGUAGUCACCACGCUGGCCAACAACGCGAAUCGUAGUACCUUGAUGUCGGACUUCGUAGACAUCAAUAAAUCAGGACGCGCUUUCAUCCCGCUUAGUAAACGGAAUAGUGAACACAACUCCAUUUUAUUACCAUCAUGGAGUCAAACCACCACCAAUUUGUCGCUGCAAAGAAGCGAGCCAUGAAUGAUGCAACUCCAGAGGCUAGUGUUCACACUAUCUCUGAGGCAGCAGACAAGGUCAAAGCUCUAGCAGCGAAAAGUGGUGUAAGCGGUGGUGAAGUGCGCGUCCUGACUCUGGCGGACUACAAGGAAGCCGCGUUGUCUCUGGCCGAAGCCUUCAAAGAGGAUCAUACCAGCACCUACUUUACCCAUACUCCUGAUCGUGCUCACUGGACCGAGCAGCAGAGAUGGGACCUCCAUGUGAAGAUCAUGGAAUACAUUGUCUAUGCCCACUUACUCAAGGGCUUGGUCGUAAGUGCCGGUCCAAACUACGAUGCCGUAGCACUUUGGAUGCCACCCGGCCAAAACAUGGACGACUACGCCACCAUCCUCCGCAGCGGAAUGUGGCGCCUCUACUACCAACUCUCCAAAGAAGGCCGCCACCGCUUCUUCCAAGAAUUCCUCCCCCUCCUCGGCGACACCAAACUACAAGUCCUCCGUGAACGCGAUCAAGAUUCUUGGUAUCUCGUCUACGUCGGCACACGACCUUCCGGUCGCGGAAAAGGUUUUGCGAGAAAGGUCAUCGAGUAUUGCACUUCUCUCGCGGAUCAGGAAGGGAAAGCGAGUUAUUUGGAGUCUUCGCAUGCGGUGAAUUUGAAGAUUUAUGAGAGGAUGGGGUUUAAAUUGAAGAGACAGGUUUAUUUGCAGAGGGAGGAGGAGUUGGUGAGAUUGGAUAUUAUGGUUAGGGAGCCUAAGGUGGUGGGGUCGGAUGCGGAUAGUGGGGUUGAUGUGGUGUGAGGGGUCCGCGGGUUUCGGAGGGAGAGGGGGGAGGUGGGACUUGAGAGGGCUCGGGAAGCGUGAAAGAGAGGGAGAGUUAGAAGACGAGGACGCAGUGGAUGCAACAGAAUGUCAGAACUUUGGGUCUUUUCGGAGUUUGGAGGCUUAGAUCAGCUCUAGUCACUCUUUGGAUACGAUACGAAUCUGUGAAUAGCUUUGAUAGGCAGAACGAUCAACCGCUAUCAAGCAUAUACGCCCAGAUUGGAGGCGCGCGCUGAUGG